AUGUCCACAAUCGUUUCCGUUCAUGAAGAACAUCUAUAUAUAAAGGCCUUUCACCCAACCAGCUUAAAAUCUUUCAUCUUUCUCUGCAACACCACCAUUAUGAAGUUCCUCACCAUCAUCACCAUGGCCACCGCCGCUCUGGCUACGGUCGGAGACAAGUACAAACUGACCUACAAGAAGGUCGGAUCUGAGCGUGUCGAUGAAACCCUUUACCCCAUUUCUGACAGCGGAGUGACCCUCUUUGCCUCUGGAUACGGCGAGCCCAUCACCAUCACCGAGCACGAGAACAACACCUUCUCGGUCGAGGGCCGUCUCAUUGCCCACGAUUCUUUCAUGGAUUAUUUCACAACCAGUACCACGGGGGGCACCCAGAUUGGUUCCUCUUUCGAUAUUUCUGCUGACGGAACUUUCGAAUUGCAUGACGGCCCCAAGGAGUACUACUACUGUGUUCCUGGUCCCGCCCAAGCCACCAUCUUUGCCACCAAGGAUCCCAACAUCUCCAGGUGUAUAACCAAACAAGUCAUCACCUUUCACGUUGACAAGAUCUAA